GCCACCAAUGAGAGUGACUCACAUAUGAAUGCCAUUUAAUAGUCACGUGUUUAUCACAAGUAAUCACACAUUUAUUUUGAUGAAAACAUGGAUUUGUUUGAUGUCUUUGAGUCAAACACUUCCCAAAGUGUGCCGAAGAAGAGAAAACUCGACGAAACAGAGGACAAGGAAUGCGAGGAUUUGAUUAACGAAGUGAUUGGCCAUCAAAAUGAGGACAAAGAGACCAAAAAAGUGAAAACUGGCGAAGAAUCGGAGAUUAUUGAAAUCGAUGUCCAAAACGAUGACCAAAACGAUGAUAACAAUGACGACAACAAUGACGAUGACAUCCAAGAAGUGAAUGAAGUGAACGACGAAUUGGUGGCGAAGACUGUGUGCCACGAGUUGGAGGGCAAAGAGACGUGUCUUCACGAAGUGGUCCUUCCGGUUGGUCUCGAAUAUGUGGCCCUCAGAGAGCCCACAGAAGACCACAAACCGGCCAAAGAAUACGAGUUUGUUUUGGAUCCGUUCCAGAAAGAGGCCAUUCUUUGUAUUGAUAACAAUCAAAGUGUUUUAGUGUCGGCGCACACGUCCGCCGGUAAGACAGUUGUGGCCGAGUAUGCGAUCGCUAUGUCAUUAAGGGAUAAGCAGAGAGUGAUAUACACGACACCCAUUAAGGCGUUGAGUAAUCAGAAAUACCGAGAAUUUCACGAAGAGUUCGAAGACGUCGGUCUCAUCACUGGAGACGUGACUAUCAAUCCGAUGGCUUCGUGUCUUAUAAUGACGACAGAGAUCUUACGGUUAAUGUUAUUCCGCGGGAGUGAAGUGAUGCGUGAAGUGGGUUGGGUUAUCUUCGAUGAGAUCCACUAUAUGCGAGACAGAGAGCGGGGCGUCGUCUGGGAGGAGACCAUUAUCUUAUUGCCCGAUACAGUCCACUAUGUCUUCCUUUCGGCCACUAUUCCAAACGCCCGACAGUUCGCCGAAUGGAUCGCACACUUACACCAACAGUCGUGUCACGUGGUGUACACCGAUUACAGACCCGUCCCAUUGCAGCACUACAUCUACCCGUCGGGCGGCGAUGGACUGCAUUUGGUGGUCGAUGAAGGCGGCAAUUUCAGAGAAGAUAACUUCAAUCUAGCGAUGAAUGUGUUGCAAAACGCUGGCGACGCCGCCAAAGGAGACUUCGCUAUGAGAGGCCGGAAGGGAGGAAUGAAAGACGACGAGAAAGAUUUAGUGGAAGAAGUGUUUAAUAAUGCAAUCGAUGUGUUGAGUGAUGAGGACAAGAAACUUCCGCAGGUUGAACAUAUUUUGCCGCUUCUUCGACGGGGAAUAGGUAUCCAUCACUCGGGACUGCUUCCCAUAAUUAAAGAGACAAUAGAGAUAUUAUUCAGUGAGGGAUUGAUUAAAGCGUUGUUUGCGACGGAAACGUUUGCGAUGGGCCUGAAUAUGCCCGCCCGCACUGUUGUCUUCACCAACGCUCGUAAGUUUGAUGGAACGGACUUCCGAUGGCUUACGUCUGGAGAAUACAUACAAAUGAGUGGAAGGGCUGGAAGAAGAGGUUUAGACGAGAGGGGAAUUGUUAUUCUCAUGAUUGACGAGAAGAUGAGUCCAUCCGUUGGCAAAGAGUUGAUAAAAGGAAAGCCAGACUUUCUGAACAGUGCUUUUCAUUUGACAUAUAAUAUGGUUUUGAAUUUGCUUCGCGUUGAAGAAGUGAAUCCAGAAUAUAUGCUUCAACACAGCUUUUAUCAAUUCCAACACUACUCUGAAUACCCAAAACUACAACAAAGGUUAGAGGAACUGCAGAAAGAGUACGACUCGACCGGUGUUUCCGAUGAACAUUAUGUUAGCGAUUAUAUUAAAGUUAAGACUCAAUUAAAUUCGUUAUCUCAAGCCUUUUUACGCUACAUAACAAGUCCUCAAUAUAUCAUUCCGUUCCUCGUUUCGGGUCGUCUAUUGAAGGUUGUAUCGAAUGAUGGUUUGGAUAUGGAUUGGGGAGCAGUCGUUAAUUUUAACCGAAAGGUUGUCAAAAGUCGUUCGCGAAAUCCCUCACUCGAAGACUCGACUGUCUAUACGAUUGAUAUUUUGCUAAAUUUGGCCAAAAAUGUUGAUCCGAAAGGCGAAGACAUUUUUCCGCCAAAAGCUGGAGAGAAAGGAGAGAUGAGAGUCGUAACCAUAUCGCUGACCAAUAUUUCGCAAAUUAGUUCCCUAAGAAUAUUCAUUCCCCAAGAGUUACGUAAUGUAGAUAACAGACAAUCAGUGCUUAAAUCUAUUGGUGAAGUGAAAAAUCGCUUCACCAGUGAAGACAAAAAGAUAAAUAUCCCUCUUUUGGAUCCAAUAGAAGACAUGAAGAUUAAGGAUAAAGAGUUUAAGGCAAUCGUGAAAAAGACUGAAUCGUGUGAAAAACGAUUCGCAGAGUUUAAGUCAAUUGAUUCCAAUUCUAUUAAAUUGUUUGAAAAGAAAAGUAAAAUAACUGAAGAGAUGAAGAAAGUGAGACAAGACGUCAAAAAGGCUCAAAGUUUACUACAAAUGAAGGAAUUGAAGUGUCGAAAGAGAGUUCUCCGACGUCUCGGUUACUGUACGGCCGCUGAUGUGAUUGAAAUCAAAGGACGCGUCGCCUGUGAGAUCACGAGUGGCGAUGAAUUACUUCUGACCGAAAUGUUAUUCAAUGGUGUUUUCAAUGAUUUAAAUGUUUACCAAAUUUCUGCACUUUUGAGUUGUUUUGUAUUCGAGGAGAAGACACAACAGGUCCCUAAACUCACCGAUGAAUUGUCUAAACCUUUGCGAACGAUGCAAGAGUUGGCCAAACGAAUAGCAACCGUUUCUAUUGAAGCCAAACUAGAUUUAGACGAAACCCAAUAUAUCGAAAAAUUUAAGCCAAACCUAAUGGAUGUGAUCUAUUCGUGGGCUAAAGGAUCCUCUUUUGCUCAGUUAUGUAAAAUGACUGACGCUUUCGAGGGCUCUAUCAUUAGAUGUAUGCGAAGAUUAGAGGAAUUAUUGCGUCAAAUGUGUCAAUCGGCUAAAGUUAUCGGAAACACAGAUCUCGAGAACAAGUUCUCCGAAGCGAUUAAACUAAUAAAACGAGACAUUGUUUUCGCCGCAAGUCUUUACCUUUAAGUUUGUAACAUAACAUAAAAGUCGAUCACUUUAUAACAUGUAACUCGCAAUCAAUGCUAUAUUUAUCAUAAUUUUUGUAUCAAAUAAAACAUUUGAAAUCAAUUGAAACAUUUAAUCCAUUUUGAAUCCAA